GGUGGAGUGAGAUUUCCAGUGCAACAAUGGCUUAUUUCAACAAUAUGUUGGUACUCAUGACUCUACUUGCAUCACUGGAAUUCGCAAAUGCCAGCAGACUUAUGGAGUGUCACCGGAAUUGUCGCCCGUUGCUUUGGGACAUGUUUGAUCUGUGCUCCGGAGGGACCUAUAACGAAAAGUGUGAAGUCGCCUCGUUGAAGUAUGAGAACUGUCUCAGAGCAUGCUACGAUGUGAUGACGCCGGUUGAAUCGCACAAUACCGACUGAAAUCUGUAUCGCUCUCUCGAUGCAUUAACCAUUUGGAACUUCAAUAUCGGUGCGUAUGCACUAUGUUAACCUUCUAGUGUGUGCGCCCAUGUGUGCGCGCGUUUCAACUUCAGUCUGCUCCGCUGUCGUAAUAGUUCUUCAGUUAGUUUCUUUUCCACUCUUUGACAAUGGGGUGAUGAGCGCAUCAACUGCUUCCUUUGUGUACUUGUUCUAUAAGAAAUUUCAUUACAACCCUAUUCAUUCA